UAUGCCCCAUUCCGAAGAAGUUGAUGAUCUUACUGUCUCACUUAUUUUUUCCUUCCAGAAUGCGUUCUGCGUGGGUUUCCUGGAUGGUGGUUCUGCAAAUGAGUGUAAUCAGGCUGGAUUCCUCCAUGACUCAAGGCAGAGACUCUCCAGAAGAUUUUGUGAUUCAGGCAAAGGCUGACUGUUACUUCACCAAUGGGACAGAGAAGGUGCAGUUUGUGGUGAGAUUCAUUUUUAACUUGGAAGAGUAUGCACGUUUCGACAGCGAUGUGGGAAUGUUUGUGGCAUUGACAGAGCUGGGGAAGCCUGAUGCUGAGCUGUGGAACAAUCGGCCGGAUAUAUUGGAGAGGAGUAAAGCUUCUGUGGAUGCACUCUGCAGACAUAACUACAAGCUGGGUGCACCCUUCACUGUGGGGAGAAAAGGUGAGGUGGAAGUGCAACCAGAGGUGGUGGUGUAUCCAGAGAGGACCCCAUCCCUGCAACACCACAAUCUGCUGCUUUGCUCUGUGACAGGUUUCUAUCCAGGGGACAUCAAGAUCAUGUGGUUCCGGAAUGGGCAGCAGGAGAGAGUAGGGGUCAUGUCCACUGGCCUUAUCAGGAAUGGAGACUGGACCUUUCAGACAAUGGUGAUGCUGGAAAUGACUCCUGAACUUGGAGAUGUCUACACCUGCCUUGUUAAUCAUCCCAGCCUGCUGAGCCCUAUUUCUGUGGAGUGGAGAGCUCAGUCUGCAUAUUCUUGGAGAAAGAUGCUAAGUGGAAUUGCAGCCUUCCUGCUUGGGCUGAUCUUCCUUCUGGUGGGGACUGUCAUCUGCCUCAGGGCUCAGAAAGGGUAUGUGGAGACGCAGUUGUCUGGUGAUGAGGUAAUGUCUUCUUCCUUGUCUUUGGGUGGCCAAUUGUUGUCCCUGUGCUUUGGCCAGAGGGAGAGGUCUUGGGGAUAGGGUGUGAGGGUGGCUUUGGCUGGGUGGUGCUGGGUGCUGAGUCUCUGGAAUGGGAGGGUGGAGUCCCUCCUGAAACUUUGAUCACUAUUCCUGCAGGUCUCAAGAGCAGUUCCCUCACCAUAGCCACACUAAGGUCCCAAUCAGAGCUUCUUGCCCUGGAGGCUGAAAUAGUACCGAAUGACUUGAGUCCAAAUGACUAAGUAAAGGACUCUCAUGAGGUCCAUGUUCUGGAGCUACUUCCAUGAGUCCUUGGAGGAGUCCUGACUUGAUUCUAGAGUUCUGUUUUCUGAGAUCAUCUCUCAUUCGUCUGCCCUUCUUCCUCCUCCUUGCCUGUGCCAUUAGUCCCCAUUUCCAAGGAUAGUGUGCAGAAAUUCCCACCAAAGCUGACUCCCACCAGCCCCAACCUGCAUACCUCCUAUGGUCCAGCCCUAACCUUGUGAAUUAUCCUCAUGUCUUCCUGUUUCCAACUGCACUCUCCACUGUCUCCAGAAGACAAAUGCUCAGAGGCACUGUUUCCUUUUCACCGUUUUUUAUGACCUUUUUUAUUGUAAAAUAAAACUGAGGAACAGAUAA